AUGAUUUUAGCAACUCUUAUUAUUGUAUUGUCCCUUCUGGAUUCAGUAUUCACCUUGAAGGGUGACAGCAGCACAUCGUCCCGGUCCAGCCGACUAGACUGUGUAAAGGCCAGCGAACAAUGUUUAAAAGAGUACACCUGCAGCACCAAGUACCGGACGAUGAGGCAGUGCGUGGCCGGGAGGGAGAGCAACUUCAGUGCUGUCACCGGUCCCGAGGCGCAGGGCGAAUGCCGCAGCGCAAUAGAUGCCAUGAAGCAGAGUCCGCUGUAUAACUGCAGGUGUAGGAGGGGAAUGAAGAAGGAGAAAAACUGUCUCCGGAUCUUUUGGAGUAUAUUCCAGAGUUUGCAGGGCAAUGAUUUGUUAGAAGACUCUCCUUAUGAACCAGUCAAUAGCCGGCUCUCUGAUAUCUUCCGCUUGGCUCCCAUCAUAUCAGGAGAGCCUGCAUCCACAAAGGAGAACAACUGUUUGAACGCCGCCAAGGCUUGUAACCUCAACGACACAUGUAAGAAAUACCGCUCAGCUUACAUCAACCCCUGCACUAGCAGGGUGUCUGCCUCUGAGGUGUGCAACAAGCGCAAAUGCCACAAGGCCCUGCGACAGUUCUUUGACAAGGUUCCACCCAAGUACAGCUAUGGAAUGCUGUUUUGCUCCUGUCCAGCGGGGGAUCAGACGGCGUGUGCAGAGCGCCGGCGACAAACCAUUGUCCCCGUCUGCUCGUAUGAGGAUAAAGACAAACCAAACUGUCUGUCUCUGCAGAACGCAUGCAAGACCAACUACAUCUGCAGGUCACGGCUGGCAGACUUCAUCAGCAACUGUCAGCCAGAGGCCCACUCCACAUCAGGCUGUCUGCGGGAGAACUAUGCUGACUGCCUACUGGCUUACUCUGGCCUUAUUGGUACAGUGAUGACCCCCAAUUACUUGCGAUCUCUCGGCAUCAGUCUGUCCCCAUGGUGUGACUGCAGCAACAGCGGCAACAGCAAGCCAGACUGUGACAAAUUUGCAGAGUUUUUCACCAGCAACCGAUGCUUACGCAACGCCAUCCAGGCUUUUGGCAACGGGACCGAUGUUGGAGUGUGGCAACCCCAGCCGCCGAUCCAGCCGACCGUGCAGCAGCCCAGAAGCCCUCAGAGAGCUAAAGAGCAGAGCAGCAACGCACUGGAUGCAGCGACAAACAUGAACAAACUGAACCUGGAGGCCGACCCACUCUAUCACUUCUGUGGGACCUUACAGGCCCAGAAAUUGCAGUCAAAUGUAACAGUAGAUGCUGCUCUGUGUGUGAACCCUCAGUUGGAUGAAUCCAUUGACUCAAAUGCCAUUGCGAGAAGCUCUCCAGCUGAACUCACCUGCUUACACCCCUCAAACAUGCUCCUGGCCCUAACCUUCGCCUUUACGCCCAUCGUAUCACCUCUUCAAGGUCUCCAGCUUUUGUAGAAUUUCUGCUCAUUGGACGAACAGCACCUCUGCCCUUUACCUCCAGAAGUGAUUCCGCAUCAUUUUAAUUUGGACAUUUGCCAAAGUUUCAACACCUACACUUUUUUUGAACAAAAAGGAGUGACACAACAAGGCGAAAGCAUAACAUAUGGAAACUGCUGACCACAAUGAAGCAUCUUCAAGGAUUUCGCAUCGCCUUUGUGGCUUGGUUUGUGCCGAUGCUGUGUUGAAAAAGGACUGGACCGGCUAAAGCCAUUGCAGAGAUAUCAGCCCUGCUUACCCUCCAGCUUGGUAACUUCAAAACACUCAUGCUUUGGAGUUAACCCUGUGAACUGAUAUCCAUGUGAAUAAAUGCACUUCUUUAGGACACGUGAAAUCGGUGCGCAUUUGACUGAGCGAACUGCCAGUGUGGCUGAACGGUCAUUUGAGCGUAAAGUGGAUCAUUUUCUCCUUAACUGUGUUUAGUUUUGUCCCGUCCACAUAACUGUUUUAGUUUGAGAAAAGACCAACUGAAAUGACAGUAAACGUCUUUGUUCAUCUGUAAAUUAUUAAGAUGAACGGCUAACACAUUUAAUUUCUUAAAACAUCCAGUGUGGGAUAUGAUUACAGGAGGCUGAUGUGAAACAUUUCACCUGCUCCUUUUAAAAGGCCCAUCACACCCUGUCUGAAUUUCCUCAGAGGAAGCAAACAUAACCAGUUAGACGAAAGUUAACAUUCUCUCUUGAACAUGUUCAGCACAAUAUACAGGUCAGUUUUGUAUACUUAUUUGAUUGUUGUGGUGGUUUUAUCACAUUACCUCUGGAAGAACAUUUGUACAUAUGAUUAGUGUACACUAUAUUGCAGUAUGCUGCCUUUAGCUUGUAAAAUAUUGUCUGUUGUGUUUUGGAGAGUGUUAGUAUCUGGUUUCUGGGGCCUAUCAGCUUUACUCAGUGUAGCUAUGAUGUAUAGAAUGUGAUCUGCAGUGGAUGGGUGGCA